GGAACAGCUGAGAACACACAACAAACACUGGAGUUGUGGGGUUACGUGUGUGAGCAUAUCUGCCUGGUAGCUGUUGUUUUAUAUUAGUUUUUUAUUGAUUUUACUCUGGGAAAAAAAUACAUAAUUGGGAGGAUUCCUCGCUUAUUGCCCGAGAACCAAAGUCUUCAAGCCACACUUAUCAAAUUAGCUAUCUGAGCUUAGAAAUUAUGCUUUUAUGGAAGUAAGGGCAGGUCAUCUUUGGAAUUCUGAUAUCAUUAUAGCCCCAAAAUUUUCAGGGAAAUGAGACUCCAGUUUGCUUUCCAAUGACAUCACGUGUGGGCCUCUGCCUGGAGAAUAGACAUUAAGGAUGUCUGCAGAGGAAAACAAUGACAUUCGCAAUUCAAAAAAAGAAUCUUUGCUGUCAGGUUUGCUAACUGCUGUUCAAGGAUGUCAGGUGCGAUUUGGAGGUCGAGCAGAAUUGGCCACAGAGACAGAUGAAAGAGUGGCUUCUCUCUGCACCAGCUUGGAAUCGGCACUCUCCUAUGGACUCAAGCCCAGAUCUCCAAACAGAGGUUUAGCAGCUAUUAAGCAAGUUAAAGACAUAGUAACCUCAGGUCUUAAUCUACACCUUACACUACCUGGAGGAGAUACAGAAGCUCCAGUUCUUUGGUGGUAUGUACGAGAACUUUUAACACGUCAUGAAUAUGAACGAUUUUUGCUCUUGAAGAAUGUUAACACGGACCUCGGCAGGGGACGGGCAUGGAUUCGAAGCUUAUUGAAUGAGCAUUCUCUUGAGCGUUACAUGCAUAUACUGGUGUGCGAUGAGAAGCUUUUGCUGCAGUGGUAUGAGCCAUGGGCAUUACUCCGUGACAUGGAGAGGGCAGCAAUGUUACCAAACUUAGCUGCAGGACUUGACUCCAUUCUUUUCGCUAUAAGCAUUGACAACAGCGAGCUGAAUGGAGGCGGUUGGAGUGAAGUCCUGCAGAAGCCGGAGGCAGCCCCAGUUUUACCUCCAGAGCCUGAAGCCCAGAUUGCUGAGCCUAGUGAGAAAAUUGCAGCUGCUGGGAGCUCCAGUGCUAUUAGGAAACGAGAGCUGCGGAAAAAAAAGAAAAAGAUUCCAUCACAGUUAAUUUCCUUUGAUGAUGAAUUGUCAAGGCCUGACCGACCAGAUGUAAAUUCUCCCUUAUAUCACAGUGCCCCAACUACUUGCCUCAGCUCUCCAGCACCCACAACAGCAGGAUCAACUCCUUAUGCUGACCGCUUGGAGAAACUGGUCCAUCUGCGUGAACUCCAGCAAGCAAAAGAGGCUCUUAAAACCGCUGAUAGUGUCAGUCCAGAAACUCCAACAAAAAGCACCAAGAAUAUGGGUAACACAGGCAUUAAGACUGCCAAGGAGACUGAGGGUCAGGCCUCAAUGCACGAUUCUGACUUAGAAAGUAGUUUCCAUUCCACUGACAGCAAAAUGAAAUAUGAUGGUGAAUCUCUGAAUGAACCUAGUUACCAGCAGCUCUUUGAAAACAUACUGCCUAAAUGCUCAGACAAUCCCUCUGAAGGUUUUUCAAAUAGUAGUGCCAUUGUUAGCACUGUAGUGCCUCAGCCAAAACCUCAGCGACCAAAUAGCCUUUAUGACCAGGAAACAGGUUCAUACAAGUCUAGUCAGUCAAACCUGUCGGCAGAUAGCCUAGCUUCAAGUGAAGGUGAUAUGACGGGAACAAUUCUGACUCCUGUUGGGUCACACAGUAUCCAAGGAUUAAUACCAGUCAGUCCACGGGGUGUCACUCCUUUUGAGAGUGUGCAGUCAGAUGACAACACAUCAGUCAACAGCUAUAGCCAAGAGGUAGAUGAUGCAGCAGCAGCUGUAGAAGACAUAGUUGGAGCACAUGAAAGAACAGGGGUCACAAGCCCAGGGUCACUCACCUCAACCCUUCCCAGCCAGUCAAGUGGAGAAACAACACUCACUAUGGAGGAGCUAAAGUCUGCAGUAUUAGAAAUAAGUAGAGCUCGUGAUGCAGCAGAAGGGCGGAGGAUGGAGGUUGCUGCCGCUCUUACUCAGGAAAUGGAGACAACAUCAAUGCUUCGAGCAGAAAUUGCUCAUCAACAGAGUCAAUUCCAAGAAAACAUUGAUAAGCUCAAUACCAAAAUCAAUACCAUUACAAGAGAAAAUGAACUACUAAAGCAUCAGUUGAAGAAGUACGUUGGAGCAGUGCAACUCCUGCGGCGGGAAGGGAGCACCAGCAGUGAGGCCACAUCACAGCCACAGAUCAGAACACCACCUGAGUACCGUGACUACCAUGAGGAAGCUAAUGCCUAUGAGACAAAACUUAUCCAGGUUGCAGAGAUGCAUGGAGAGUUGAUGGAGUUUAAUGAACGACUUCAUAGAUUGCUAAGGAUGAGGGAAGCUCAGGUUCGCCGUUUUCGUGAGGAACUUGAAGACCUUCGAGGUCCUCUACCAGAUGACCAUGAUGAUGAGGAUGAGUUAGAUGAGACAACAAGUGUCACCAGUGACCUAGAUGCCCUCUCAGUGUCAACAGCCCCUCGUACUCUGAUCAAUAUUUGGAUUCCAACAGCUUUCUUAACAGGCACCUCUGCAGACACUCACCAUGUUUAUCAGAUAUACAUUCGCAUCCGUGAUGAUGAAUGGAAUGUCUAUCGAAGAUUUGCUCAGUUCUAUGAGCUUCAUAAGCAGUUAAAGAAGAAGGAUCCAGUUGUCAAAAACUUUGACUUUCCACAAAAGAAAACAUUUGGUUACAAGGAUGAAGGCGUUGUAGAAGAGCGCCGUAUCCGCCUGCAGCUCUACGUACGCCAAGUGGUCAAUUUACUCUUAAAUACUUACCCACAACUUGCGUCCUCUCCAGAUAAAGCGACAUUGACCAGCUUGCUUCCUUUCUUUGCGGAAACACAGCAGCCUAGAGAUGGUGGAAAUGGCAGCAGCAGAUCAAGAACACAGAGGGGUGUUUUGUCAAGGUUCUCGGCAUCUCGUCAAGAACAGCAGCACGUUUCCGUUGCAGAAUCUCCCCAGUAUAAUGGUCUCUAGGAUGGGCUGUUUGUGAUAUGUUUAUGUACAUUGUGAUCUCUUCUGGUUUUGGAGAUGAGUUUUGUAGAUCUGAGACUUUUUUUAUGCCGAGUAUGAAGGAAGAAAUAUGUAUCAUACUUUU